CCCGCUCCCGGUGACGCGCGCCGUGCUCGCGCCUGCGCGGAGCGCAGCGGCGUCAUGGCGGUGCCGGGCGGAGGUGCCAAGGACGACACAUUCAACGUGCUGGACCUGGCGGAGUACACCAAGAACCGGCCAUGGUGGCGCAAGAUGUUCGCCCCCAGCUCGGGGUCGAGCGCUGAGAAGUACAAUGUGGCCACGCAGCUGGUGAUCGGAGGGGUCACGGGAUGGUGUACUGGAUUCCUCUUCCAGAAGGUUGGAAAGCUGGCAGCGACAGCAGUGGGAGGAGGCUUUUUCCUUCUUCAGAUUGCAAACCACACAGGAUACAUCAAGGUGGACUGGAACCUAAUACAGCGGGACAUGAACAAAGCCAAGCAGCAGCUGAAAUUUCACACCAGUGGUGACAAAAUGCCUCCAGAAGUGAAAAGCAGAGUGGAUGAGGUGGUCAUAUUUCUGAAGAAGAAUGCUAUCCUGACUGGAGGGUUUGCUGGAGGAUUCUUGUUUGGAAUGGCAUCCUAGAAGCUGCACUCCCAUGCCCAACUUCCCCUCCCCUCCUCUACUGCUGUUAUCUCUCACUUAGAAGUCAAAGGAUGUUGCCAACAGACUCAGUCCCAUCUGCUCACAGGUUCCAGCCCUUAUUUCUUACAAUGCUGCUUCUGAUUUCCACCUUUUUCUUCUGUCUGGGCUGUUAGUGUGCUGGGCUUGGUCUGGAAGCUCACAACUCCCAGUGUAUCAUGAUUUCCCACCAAAUAUCCCCAGACUCAAAUUUUCUAAUGAGUUUCAACUUCAUAAAAAUGUAGUGGCAGAGAAACCUCUUAAAUGUGCUUCUUGCAGGUGCUCAGGACUGUUAUAUGUACCUUUGUCUGCCAGUAUAUUGUGUCAGCUCUGCACCACAAUUUAGCUGUCAGUAUUCCUGCCCUGGUAACUGGACCACCUCUGCUUCCCUCUGCACAGAGGUGAUCUGUGCAAUCCAAAAUGUGGUUGACAAUCCUGGGGUGGAUGCAGAAGUGUCAAAGCUGCCUGAGCUGUGUCCAGGACAGGGGAAUAUGGAUUUUCCUGCCCUCCCCCUGCUGUUUCACUGCACAUAGGUGGCCAUUUGGCUUUGUCUCUGCUGGUGUCCUUCCCCAUACUGGAAUUGCAGCACUGGCACUGCUGAUGGAAACAGCACUGAGGCUGACUCUCCAAGCCCUUUUCUCAUCAUGUGUUCUGAAAGUCACCAAGUUCUGUUCUGCAGAACCACCUGACUGCUCAGCCCUUGAGGCUCUCUCCUGCUUCCAGCAGGCCCAGUCUGGCUGUGUCACAUGGGGGCAUUUCAGCUGUGCCACUUAGUGUAAAUCACUCUGGGCCUCUGACUGGGCUUUCCAUGUGUGCCACAGCCUUCUCUGGUCACUUUGGCAUUGGUGAUGCUCCUUGAGCUGUAAUCAUGUGGGACAGGAUUGUAGACAGGAAAUGCAUCCCUGCUCAGGGUACACUGUACUGGUCCAGGUCCCUGUUGCCAGCUGUACUGGAGAAAGGAGGAUGAUGUGAAAUCUGGAGUGCAGUCCUUUACUUGCCUCUGAAGGGCACAAAUUCCUUCUCCCUGGUCUCUGCAAGCAACUGAAAUGACAAAACUUUAGUGAAAACCAGACCAUGCUCUUGUGAGAGCAGUUCAUUUCAUAUUUCUGCCUCAGUUAUGUUCCUUCCUUCUUUGUGUUUGCCAUUUCCACAAGAAAGGCUCUUUGCUUAACUCCAUCAGCUGCAGCCCUUCUCCUGCAGGAGAUGAGGCUCCCCAGGUGCAGAGCUCAGUCUGACUCAGUGCAUUGUGUGCAGUACAGACAAACAUCCCCCAGGGCAUUCUGCAAGCACAGAGACUUGUCUGACAACGUGGUGAUGUCCUCCAGCAGGUAUAGGAAGGAGUUCUUGCCCAGAAUGUGGUAUUUUGUGUGAAAGUCAGCUCAUCUUUCCACGGGAAACAUGGUAGGGAGCAAUGGCAAUCAUGGGUGGGUGGUUUGCAGCACCUGGCUCAGCAUCUGCACCCCAUUUCCAGUGUGUGCAAAGGCUUUGUGAUCUGCUGCUCUCAGUGUGGCUGGGAAGGGGAUCCUGCCCUGA